AUGGCCUCUCCUAAGAUUGUUGUACUCGGAGCUGGUGUAAGUGGACUUACCACUGCAUUGGAACUCAAGAAAAAUUUGCAAAAUGUUUCCAUUACUGUUGCCGGACAAUACUUACCUGGAGAUAUGGAUGUAACAUAUACUUCACCAUUUGCAGGAGCCAAUUGGCACACAUUCAGCGAAGAUGAUGACUAUGAACUACAAGAGUUUGACAAGCCUGGUUAUUUCAAAUUUUUAGAACUUGCAAAUGAACCGAAGUCCGGGGUUUGGAUCAAAAAGUCAUUUGCUUAUUUAACUAAUGAAAGUUUUGAAGAAAGUGGAAGAGAUCCAUCAAAAUUUUUUAAAUGGUAUAGAAAUUUUGUACAAGAUUUUGAAAUAAUUGAUUCCAAGGAUCUACCUGAUGGGAUUGCAUUGGGGUUCCUGUUUAAAGGGGUCGUGAUCACGGUUCCAAUUUAUUUAAAUUAUCUCCUCUCCAAUUGUUUGGAUGCCGGAAUUGACAUUAAAAGAACCAAGAGAUUAGCCUCAGUACAACAGGCUAAAAAUAUGUUUGAUGCUGAUUAUGUUAUUAAUUGUACCGGAUUACUUGCAACCAAAUUAGGUGGGUUUAAUGACCCAAACAGAAACUAUCCAGUUAAGGGACAAGUGGUUCAUGUUAGUAAUAACGCAAGAUAUAAAAUGAGUGUUUCAAUGUUUGCCCCUGAUUACCCCGAUGAAUUGUUUUAUAUUAUGCCAAGGAAAGAAGGUGGCUGUAUUAUUGGAGGAUGUGUUUCACAAAAUGUUGAACAUUUAGAUGAAGAUAAGGGACUUACCCAAAGAAUUAUUCAAAGAGCUUUGAAAUACGUUCCAGAACUUGUUGAUGAUAAUUUCCAAGGAAAUGCAAAACAUAUUGAUAUUAUCAAAGUCAAUGUUGGAUUACGUCCAGCUCGAGAAGGAGGUGUGCGGGUGGAACAAGAUUCUCAACAUGAAUGGUUAUAUCAUAAUUAUGGUGCAGGAGGUGGUGGUUACCAAGGAAGUUUUGGAUUCUCUGCAAAAAUUGUUAAAUUGAUUCAAAAGAAAAUCAGAGGCUUUACAAAUUUAUAA